AUGUCUCAGCUCGCCACAUCCAUGAAUCAGCUUAAGGGAAAUAAUGGAGCUUUGCCAUCUCAAGUUCAUGUGAAUCCCAAGGAGAAUGUCAACAAGAUCACCUUGAGGAGCGGUACAGAUUGGCACAAAGGAUUCAGUCGUUCAGCAGGCAGAACAGCCCGUUUGGCCAAACAGAGCAAGGGGCCGACAGCUGAGCAGAAGGGAAAAGGAGCAACACUUGAAUCCAACGAAGAGGAGCAGACCAAGGUCUCUAAACCGUUGAGCUUACAUGAUCCCAAGGCUGCAACAUCAGUCCCCUUUCCAGGAAGGUUGGCGAGGAAGAAGCCGGAAGAGGAGCUCAUCGAUUUUGUGAAGAUCUUCGGCAAACUUGAAGUGAAUCUUCCAUUCUUGCAAGCACUGAAAAUUCCUCCUUUUGGGAAAUUUGUGAAGGACUUCAUAGCUGGAAAGUCCAAGGCAACUGGAAAGAUUGUGAUGGGCGAGAACGUUCAGCUGCACUCAAGAAGGAGUUGCCCGCCAAAUGCAAAGAUCCUGAGUGGUCAUCAGUUAGCCGAUAGGUCUUGUGUUUAUCCCGAGGGUUUGCUUGAGAAUGUUCUUGUGAGUGUGAAUAAUUUUGUUUAUCCUGCCGAUUUCUAUGUGGUGAGGAUGAGUGGAGUGCAAUCUAAGGGUUCAACGGGAGUCCUUUUAGGUCGUCCGUUCCUAAGAACUGCAAAGUCAAUCAUAGAUGUUAGUAAUGGCACGAUUUGUCUGGAUUAUCAUGGGGAGAAAUACACUUUUAGUAUGGAUGAUGCCAUGAAAACUCCGAAUGAUGCUGAAAAUGCUUAUUCUAUUGAUGUGAUUGACCCUCUCGUCCAAGAAUUUCUUGAGACCGAAUUCAUGCAGGAUAAGUUGGAGCUCACUAUGAUCAAGAGUUGGACAGAUUUUGAUGCUCAAGGGAUGAACGAUGCAGAGGUCAAGGAGGCCAUCAUGUCUCUUUAUGCACAACCGGAGGUGGUCAGUUCGGGAAGCCAGUUCUGUUUGCCCAAACAGACACCAUACGACAGACCACUGAGAUCCGAUGAGAAGCCACCUGAACUGGAGCUCAACCUCUACCUCAGAAUCUGA